AUGAUAAAUCGUAAGAAUGAAGGAAGGAUACAGAGAAAUUUAACGGAUAUAAUAAGUGUUUUUAGAGGAACUGAUCCGGAGAAUAUUCCUAUAUUUGUGGCCCGCGAUCUUCACAAACUACCUCCAAUAAGUUUUGAUCACCUAGACGCGACGCGAGUGCUUAAAGAUCUCUUGAUAUUGAAACGAGAGGUCGAAGAUAUCAAAGAUAAUUAUGUGACCAGAGAUAUGCUAGAAAAUAAGUAUAAGGUCGAUGGGUUGCAUAGAGGAAGAGCCCAAAAUGUGAACGCAAGUAAGUUCAGAGCUGCGGAAACAAAGGUUCCCUUGUUUAUAUACAACGUGCACAAGGACACUACUGAAAGUGAUAUUCUAGAAUAUAUUUUAGAAAAUACCCAGGUAAAAGUCAACUUGAUUAAAAUAAACAUGAAACGAGACAAAGGCUAUAAUUCUUUUAAGUUAUGGGUACCAAGAGAUAAAGUACACCUGUUCCUAAAUGCACAAUUAUGGCCUGAAGAUAUUUGUUUUAGACGUUUCGAAUAUUUCAAGGGCAACGCUGUGACCGGUGACUCAGCAAAUAUAAAUAAAUAA